AUGUCGUGUCUGUCUCUGCCGCUCGUGUGCGCGUUGCUGUGCGCCUCUACAUGCGUCGCGUUGUGUCCGCCGCGCUGCGAGUGCAUGAACACGCGACAUACAGUGCGCUGCGCGUCUGCUGCGCUCCGCCAGAUACCUGCCGCGAUACCGCGCGACGCGAGCCGCCUGAUGAUCACCGGAGACACGAUUCACCGACUCGAGCACGGCGAGUUAAACGGACUGAAGAACGUCACCGACCUCGACCUGAGUAACAACGGAAUCCUGGAAGUCGGAUCUCGUGCGUUCUCUUCCAUGCUCGUGCUUCGUUCUCUAGUCCUGAACAACAACAGUCUGGUUCUGAUUCAUCCAGAGGCGUUCUCUGUGCCCGGAAGUCCUCUGCAGGAGCUCAGCCUCAGGUCAUCACUCUAUAACUACAGCUCUCUGACCGACCUCGUAACCGCCCUACGCUGGGGUGACCUCUCAAACCUGCUGCUCCUCGACCUGUCGGGCAACCGCCUCGUUCUCUUACCCCCCGGCAUGUUCUCUCCUCUGCCCAACCUGCAGCGUCUCUAUCUGGGCAACAACUCUCUGCUGGGCAUCUUCAACAGCACUUUCUCUGGUGCGGAGCAACUUCUGGAGCUGGAUCUGACCAGAAACGCCUUUAGAGACAUUAGCGGCGAGGGGCUCGGCGAGUUGGAGCGACUCGGCCGCGUCCGUCUGCUGUUGAGUCAGAAUCCGUACGUGUGCGGUUGUGAGAUGCAAGAGUUUGCGCGCUGGAUAAACAGUUCAAAGGUCACGGUGGGUGAUACGGAUAGACUGUAUUGCGAUUUCCCCGCAGAGCAGCGCAACGUCUCUUUGCGGGACCUCGAUGCACGUGCGCUGGGGUGUUUCGGUAAACCGGGCGAAGAGGUGGCUGACCUGUCCCUACAAACCUCCUAUGUGUUCCUCGGAUUGGUUCUAGGGUUUGUCGGAAUGGUCUUCCUCUUUGUGGUCUACCUCAACCGACGGGGCAUCAAGAAGUGGAUCACAGACAUAUAUGAAGCCUGUCGGGAUGUUUUGGAGGGUUAUCAUUAUCGUUACGAAAUUGACUCGGACCCACGACUGGGACACGUCCAACAGACAAACAGCAAGCAGGGUCGACCGCGAACGGACGCGCGUCUGGGACGCAUUCCCUCUGAUACAUGUAUCACGCAGAUUCCAUCUGAUGUUACAUUAUAA